CACCCCAUACAAAACCACCUUCUGGCCAAACAGCAUACAUCUCCAGCAAACAUACAGUCACCGUCACAAGAAUGUCCUAUCCACCAGCACAGCAGGGACUCGAAAUCGACUCUCUCAACGACCCCGUCGCGCAAGCCGGCAAGGCGGACGUCGUCACCAUGCCACUUGACACCACAGGCCCUUCUCUCGCGGACUACCAUACCGGUCGUCCUUUGGACACGGAGAACAUUGACUUGUCUCUGCCGCCGGCUACGAAGCCCAUUGUUGAUCCAAACCCUACGGCGGGACUGGAGCCUGUUGGCGGUGUGAGUGAGGUGGAUGUGUUGAACAGGGAGUUCCAGGACGCUACUUUCCGCGCUGCGAAUAUCCAAGACCUCUCCGAAGCAGAUUGCGUCGAACUCUGGGUCCUCCACAAGAUUGGGUCAGGCGACACAACCGAACCUCACCACGGCAAGCUUCCCAUCCAGCUCGAUCUCUUUCCCUCCGAAGAGAAGAUCAAAUGGAGGGCGUGGUCGAAGGUCAAGAAUGAUACCUCGAGGGAGAAGGCGAUGAGGGAUUGGAUCCGGAUGUGUAACCUUGCUAUUGGAACGCACUGCGCCGACCCCAAAAAUUCCCACGCACAAGACUCAACCUCGAGCAGCUACCAUUCACAUCUUGUACAAAAGCAACUCCAAUUGUCAUCUAAUAAAUCUUGAGGUAUCAAUAAAUCGCUACACCGUACCCAGUAUGAAAGUAUAAACUCCAGAACACGACACAA